AUGAGUACUAUACAAUAUUACCGGCUUUAUGUGCUAUGCAUUUUUAUUAUCAUCACACAUUUCAACGUCGUCGUAUCUACACUAGACACUGUUCAUGGCAUUGCUAGCGACCAACAGCAACCUUGUUCUAUAUUGAAAACACAGAACUAUAGAGUUACUAGUGAUAUUAACUACGAGUAUAUUCAUGUGAAAGCAAGCGACAAUGGCAAUACUUCAAAAACUACUUUCUUAUUUCUUCAUGGUUUUCCGUCGUCACUUCAUUGUUGGCGCCACCAAAUCGAGUAUUUUUCGAAACAAGGAUAUGGAUGUAUAGCACCCAAUUUGAUGGGCUAUGGUAAGACAUACUCACCACUAGACAAAGAUGAAUACAAGAUUAAAUCAAUGGUUGAUCAUAUUAUUGCACUUCUCGAUCAUUUGCAUUUGGAAAAGGUUUUUGUCGUCGGACACGAUUGGGGUAGUCGACUAGCAAAUCGAUUUACUUUGCAUCAUCCUGAACGUACAUUAGGCCUUGUUUUGAUUAGUGUAGGUUAUGAUGCACCGGCAAUAUUUGAUCUCGAUCGAUCAUUAGUAGCUUUGACUACAGCGUUUGGAUAUCCCACUCUUGGCUAUUGGAAAUUUUUGAAUUCUGAUGAUGCUGCUGCGAUUAUCGAGACAAACGCAGAAAGUUUCAUGGAUCUCACCUUUACAAGUAAUCCGUUCCAAUGGAAGACCGAUUUCGCUCCAAUAGGAAAGAUGCAAGACUGGGUGAUCCAUGGAAGAAGAACUUCUCGGGCUUCAUAUAUGACACAGGACGAUUACAAAAUUAUUUAUCAGUCUAUUGUCGCAGGAAUGCAACCUAAAUUAAACUGGUACAAGGCAGCUAUCGCUAACAUCGAUUGGGAUGAUGUGAAAAACAUCAAUCCAAGAAUAAACCGACCAGUUCUCUUCAUAGGAGGUACACAAGACUAUGUAUGUAUUAUUGAUGCGUUUGUAGGACAAAAAAAUUACAUAGCUGACUUAAAAGUGGUUCAGUUGGAAACAGGUCAUUGGGUUAUGGAAGAGAAGCCAAACGAAGUGAAUCGAGUCAUUGAUGAAUGGACCAAGACGAUCGUGUGA